UUUAGAAAUUGUUUUCUUAUUAAAAAAUCAAAAUUUUAAGUUAUGGCAUUUAAAUCCCUUGAACACAAAAUACGGAAUGGAUCAUGUCCAAGUGUUCUCUCUGCCGAAAGUGGUGAAGAGGUGAACAAUCUUCCGCUUGGUUUUGGUGACAAGGACUGGAUUGAACUUUUUCUAGACUGGAAACGUGAAGAAUCGGGAAGCGAUUUUAUGAGAUUCAUACAUAGUUUUCUACAUGAUGAAAAGGGAAACACAGAUCUUCUACAACCACAAUCAAUAAUAAUCUGUAUGCUUAUGACAAUAGCAUUUUUACUUGUUUGCUUUGUGGUGACCCUGGUAUUCUAUGUAUUAUGCAUGAUUGUUCAAAACGUCAUCAUGUCGCUGUGUGGUGGUCGUUCAUCAAAUUCGAAGUGUGUUGCAAAGAGCAAAUCGAUCUGCCAAAAACCAAUUCGUUGUGUUAAAAAUAAAACGCCGGAGAAUAAAAAAGCUGGUCCUUGUGCUAAAAAUCAAAAACCAGAUUGUAAUAAAACAGUGCCUUGUGCUAAAAACCAAAAACCAGACUGUAACAAAGCAGAGCCUUGUGCUAAAAACCCAAAACCGGACUGUAACAAAGCAGAGCCUUGUGCUAAAAACCGAAAACCGGACUGUAACAAAGCAGAGCCUUGUGUUAAAACCCCGGACUGCAAAAAACCUGUUCCCUGUGCAGUAAAUCAGAAACCAGACUGUAAGAAACCCGAGCAUAAUGCAAAAAAUCAAAAGCCGGACUGCAAUAAACUUGACCCUAGCGUUCUUAAAAGUCAAAAGUCGAAUUCCGAAAAAAGUAAGGCCGAGAAACAAAAAUCGGAAAUAACAAAUAACUGCAAUCCAAGUAAUAAACCAAUUCAAGACCCAAAAUGUUGUAAGACUGAGAAGAAGAGUCAGGAAACCCAAACUGACCGGCUAAAUUGCAAACAUAAGUCCGCAACACCAAAGAGUGAUAAGCAAGAAAAAAGUUUGGUGACUUUAUUUAUAAAUAAACAAAAAAUUGAUUGAGAUAAACUUUUGUUAAUACACACACAGACACCAUUCCCUUCCUGAGGGGAUUAAUAAAAAUUAAAAUUAAUCGUAAAAA